AUGUGAAAUUUGUGCUCUAGAUUGCUCAUCAGUUCCUCUAUAGUACGAGGUUUUAGAGUGACGAGUUAUCUUUUCUCCUAUUUGAUGAAAAUUAUCAUUUGAUAUCACUUUCAAUAAUCAGCAUGUUAAACCGAAUGAUAAAGUGUAGUUCAAGUAUACUGACACAAAUGUUACAACUAGCUGUCAUGGAAAAAAUGGGGGAGGGGUAUGGGGUGUUUGAAACGUUUGGACAAAAGUUGCAUCCAAGAUUAUUGCCAUUAUUGCACUUGUGUGGCUUUUCCCAUUAGUUCAAACAUAUGCUGGUUUAAUGUGCUAGCAUGCCGAGGUACCAUGUCACAGUUAAUACUACUCAGACACAUUAUAUACUGACUGUGCCAACCAGUCAUUCUGAGGCUUCUUUCCAUCCCCAUAAUGUCAAUAAGUGCCAGACAGGGUAACAACAAACACCAUCUUUGGUAUGACAGGGAUAUUCCACUCUCUGGGCAGACAGUUUCAUCACUACACCACAGAAGCAGAUGUGUUGUAUCACCCCAGCAGUAUUGACAGUCCUUGCAUCAAGCGUACUCUGCCUGACAUCAGCAAGUCGGAGGAUUGGAACACCCUAUCUAGAACGACAUCUGCACAAAAAAGGCUUUCACAGGGACCUGAGUACGACAGUAGAGUGGCUGGUGAACCCUCACAACCGAGGGGACAUAAAUCACUGCAUGAUUCUGCUGCUGGAGAAGCUCCCCCCGGGCGUCUAUGUGGACCCCUUCCAGCUCUCAGCCAUGCUUCAGUUUGGGGGACCAAAGGUUUUAGUUGAUGCAGCUGUUAACAUAGAGAAGCCUGCCCACCUUUCACCCCCACACACGCUUCAUGUGUACACUGAGCUGAAGACCGUCACAGACAAUGAUGAAGGGUUCAGCCUGGCAGCAUCAGUCACUCUCCCCAUCCAUCUCCGUUAUCAGCCCCCUACACACGAGACCAGCGUCACUCAUGUAGAUCUUGUCAUCAGCAACCCUCGCAUGUUCACAAACUGUUCUAUCAAAGAGUCCGUGGCCUUGUUACAGGCUCCGUGUGAUUACACCAACACCUCUCAAUGUCUCUGGCAUGAGCAUCACUACCUGGCUGAACAGGACAGUGUGGCAUGCAGGGUUCCAGUGGGGAACACAAGUUAUCUGCCCCUGGUGGUGGCCGUGACAUUACUUGUGACUGGUCUUGGUUGUCUGUUCAUAGUAUACGUAGUCAUGACAAAACAACCUCAAACCAAACUGAAGACAUCAUGAAUACACGAAUGAAGAUAUCAUAAUGAGCUAGCCUGAUAACCCGACUGAAACCCUGGACAUUAGCGUAUCAGCUAUGACAAAAGAAGCUGUUGGGGACAGCACCUGUGAUGAGAUGACGCUCUGCAAGUCUUGAUAUAUGCAUCUGUAACUGUUACAUUUGUGUUGAACUCUGACUUAUCCUCCUGAAAGACAGAUGAACAUAGCCUGUGUAUUCUCGCUGUUACUUGCAUGAAAUGCUGGCAUUCUUGUCACUGUUUGAGAAUGGUGGUUUCACUUCACUGUCAAAACUAAUUGUGCUGUUAGAACUAUGAACUGUUUACAGUCAACUCUUGACACUGACCUCCAGUACAAGUGUUGGUCAAGAUAAAUGGAAACUAUAUUUAUGAUCUGAUCUAUCUUGGAAAUAAGAAGUAUUUUUUGGACAAGUGUAUAUAAAUGAUAUACAAAUGA